UCAAAAGUGGUAUCUCUUGAUUAAUAGUAUAUAAUUAAUAAUAGAAAUCUGUUAUAAUCGGUAUAAGUUCGAUUACUCGGUUUAGGUGGCCGGUAUAUUGAUAACUGAUUAGUUAGACCGACUUGGUCCAACUCGCGGCACCGCCGAUCGCCUAGGUGCCCGCGUUUUUUGAGCACUUUCAAACUGGGCCUAGAUAAUAAUAGCCUCUCUAAUUGGACCCUUGGAUAUAGAUAUAGAAUCUCAAGCCCGUUUACGACCCAUUAUAUUUUGUGGGGGAAAAAUCAAAGGAGGAGACUUGACUAGUCGCAUUUCAAACCCUCGCCGGAGCUUCUUCCGACUGAAGCCCAAAUCACGAAUCUGAUGUUACUGGUUCGUGUCUCCCGCCAUAACUCAUCAUCCAUCUCAUCUUCCUUCGCCCUCCUCCUCACGCGUCGCCUUCAUGGCGCUUCUUCCGCCGAAACAGUCUCCCCUUCGUCACGACUCCGAGACCGAUACAACUUUCAGCCACCACCGCCUUUAUCUGAAAACCCUGAGAAGGAGAAGGGGAAGAAGAAACCGAAGCCGCAAUACCGUCCACCAUCGUCUCUGGAAGGUGUGAAGAAGGUGCACUCGGAUCUUCCGUUCGAUUUCCGAUUCAGUUACACGGAGAGUAGUUCCAGUGUGAGGCCGAUUGGAUUGAGAGAACCCAAGUACUCACCGUUCGGUCCAGAUCGGUUGGACCGAGAAUGGACCGGAGUGUGUGCGCCGGCGGUGGACCCAAAGGUGGAGUCGGUGGAUGGAAUUGAGGAUCCGAAGCUGGAGGAGAAAAGGAGGAAAAUGAGGGAGAAGAUACAGGGGCCAUCGCUCACUGAAGCUGAAAGAAAGUUCUUGGUAGAGCUGUGUCAGAGGAACAAAACCAAAAGACAAAUCAAUCUCGGGCGAGAUGGUUUGACUCACAACAUGCUCAAUGAUAUCUAUAAUCACUGGAAACACUCUGAAGCUGUUCGGGUCAAAUGUCUUGGAGUCCCGACUCUUGAUAUGAAGAACGUUAUCUUCCACCUUGAGGAUAAAACGUAUGGACAAGUGGUUUCUAAACAUUGUGGUACCCUUGUGUUAUAUAGAGGUCGCAACUACGAUCCCAAGAAAAGGCCCAAGAUCCCUUUGAUGUUAUGGAAACCCCAUGAACCUGUGUAUCCUAGGCUGAUUAAAACAACUAUCGAUGGUCUAAGCAUCGAAGAGACCAAAGCAAUGAGAAAGAAAGGGCUUGCCGUUCCUGCCCUCACAAAACUCGCCAAGAAUGGCUAUUAUGGUAGUCUUGUUCCAAUGGUGAGAGACGCUUUCCUCGUAAGUGAAUUGGUACGGAUUGAUUGCUUGGGGCUAGAGAAGAAGGAUUACAAGAAAAUUGGAGCAAAGCUUAGGGAUCUGGUCCCUUGCAUCCUGGUGACGUUUGACAAGGAGCAAGUCGUGAUUUGGAGAGGUAAAGACUAUAGGCCACUCGAGGACGACGAUGGAGAAUUUUCAUCCUUGAUUCCUCGCGAGUCUUCCAUAGAGGAUAUACUUUGAGCAAGUGGAUUCAAGUUAUAGCAGAAGGCCACAAGAAUCUCCAAACGAGACAACCAGGGGUUAAUUACUCUUAGUGAGUCCCACUUGUAUAGUUUUUGUAUCGUGCGAGUAUUUUGUGGUUACAUUUCUGGAAAAUUAACCAAGCCUCAAAAAUACCAAAAAAAAAAAAUUUAUUAUUUGUUAA